ACGGAGAUUUAAAUAUUUACUAUAUUUGACUUGUAAGUCCCAGUAAAAAAUAUUACUCUCAAUACAGAGGUAGAACUAGAUUUUGUUUCACCGCUAUUGAAUUUAUAUUAUUAUACUGUUGACCAAUUUUUGAGUGGUGGAAGGGAGGGGAGAGGAGUCUCCAACUCACUCCACAUAGUACAACUUGAAUAUCGAUUCUCACAUGAUACAGGAUAUUCCAUUCAAAAUAUUGUCAAAAACCUAAAUUACCAGUACAAGUGGAUAUCGUCAUGAAGUGAUUUGUAGUUUAUUAUUCAAUGCUACUAUUGGAAAUUGUAAACAAUCCUUUGAAUGUCCAUAUCAAGGAAAAUGAUCCCAUCUAAUCUAAGGAUAAUAAUAUUGGGCGUGUCAGCAUUUUUUGUGACAGGCAUUUUUGCAGACGAAUGUAAUCGUUAUGAAACAUGCCAUCAAUGCAUUCGCCAACCUCUAUGUAGUUGGUGUUCCCAGAAGGACUUUGCGAACAACAAACGAUGUUUUAGCAGUUUGUCGAGUGGUGGUGUGUCGUGUGACGAUGUGACGAAUCCGGCUGUGACGGAGACCCGCAAAGAAGGCCACCUAGGCGCCAGCCAUGAUGGACGCCCCCUGUCAGACUUCAAAGAGGGUGAAGUGCCAAGGCUCAUUCAGAUCACACCGCUUGAAGUUGAUCUCACCUUAAGACCUAAUGUGGAGCGUACCAUAGAUGUGACAUUCAAACUCUCCAAAGACUACCCACUCGAUCUUUACUUUUUAACCGACAGCAGUUAUAGUAUGAAAACUACCAUAGAUAAGGUGGCCAAAGAAGGAGAGAAAAUAUCGAAACGGAUGGGGCAAAUUACGAAAAACUUCCGUCUUGGUUGUGGCAUAUACAUUGACAAGCCAGUGCGGCCGUUCCACUAUUACUACGAGGGCUGCGAGCAACAAGAAGGCGUCUGCACUACUUUGAAAAAGGACGAAAAAACUGGCCACGCAGAAUUUGUGGACAUCCUCGAAUUUCAGAAUUUGAUGUCGUUGAGAGCGAACAGCUCUCAGUUCCGUGACAUAAUGACAGAUGUUGGCAGAACGAAGCUGGCUGGUAAUCAAGAUGACCCCGAGAGCGGUCUGACGGCUCUCAUGCAGGUGAUGAUGUGCAAGGAGAAUAUAGGCUGGCGAGACAACUCCAACCGACUCAUCAUUUACUCUUCGGACUCUGAAUACCAUCAGGCGGGAGAUGGUAAGCUAGGCGGUAUUGUCAGACCCAACGAUGGCCAAUGCCAUCUAGAUAACCAGGGUUACUACACACAUGCCUCCAUCUUGGACUAUCCUUCUGUUUCGCAUAUAAAUUACAUUGCCAAGAAGCACAAUAUGAAAAUAAUAUUCGCCAUUACAAAUUCGUCCAACUACUAUUUCUACGAGACUCUCAGCAAGGCGAUCAAGGACUCGAGUUUCGUCGAAUUGCAGGUUGAAUCAGACAGUAUUGUCGACCUCAUUGAAACUGAGUACAAGAAGAUUAUCUCGCAUGUCGAUCUGAACGACACGUCAUCGGAUCUUAUCGAUGUGAAAUACCAGGCUAGCUGCUCUGAGGGCGCUCAGUUCGUGGAUUUACAGCGGUGUGAAAAUCUCAAGAUUGGCAAUGAGGUGAAAUUCAAGGUGACGUUCAAGUUGAAAGAGUGUCCGGCAAACGAGUCAGUGCGAAGGGAAACCUUUGAGAUCAAACCGAGCAACAUGAACGAAUCAGUCAUUGUCAAUGUUCAGAUGAUCUGCGAAUGUCCCUGCGAGACACAGGACGUGGUGGAGAACGCAGAUACGUGCAACGGGAACGGCGCGUAUCAGUGUGGAGUGUGCAAAUGCAACGAGGACUAUUCAGGCUGGAACUGCGAGUGCCAUGACUUCCGACAGCAGGGCAACAACAAGACGUCGACUUGUGUGCCGACGCCCGACCAAUCGCCGACGCAGACGGCUCUCGAAUGCAGCGGUGUUGGCGUCUGCGAGUGUGGCAAGUGUAGCUGCUACGAACCGCACAUUUCAGGCCCGUUCUGCGAAUGCGACAACCGAGCCUGUCGCAAGAAGGACAACAAGCUCUGCAACGGACACGGCACGUGCGAAUGUGGCACGUGCAAGUGUGACACGGGCUGGACACACGAGUCGGCCGAAUACCCCGUCUGCGACUGCAACGAGCGCAAGGACUCUUGUCUCAGUAUGAAUGGCACCGUGGCAGGCCAACAGCCACUGGAGUGCAGUGGCCAUGGCACCUGCGUCUGUAACCGCUGCAGUUGUAGAGGUGGAUUCACUGGCCAACAAUGUCAGGAUCCUCCCCUGAACCUGGUAUCCUGUAGACAGCUGGAACCGUGCGUUGAAUGCCUGGCCUACAAUACGGGACCAAAACUCGAUUUGAAUAAAGCGACGAAUUGCAGCGACGACUGUUCGUCUAUAUUCGAAUUGUCGUUAACAAACAGGAGCGAAAUCAACAGGAACGGUGGAGAAAGAGGUAUGCAGUGCAAUUCGAAAGACUUGAACGGAUGUGCCUAUCAGUUUGUAUACUAUUAUGAUACGAUGAAACUCAGAGUCAGGUCUCAAAGGGAGAAGCCGAAAUGCGAGAAAAUCGACAUUAUGAUGAUCAUACUGACCACAACUGGGAUCGGAGUUUUUGUCGGUGUGUUGGCACUGAUAGCUUGGAAGCUGGCCACGAUGACAUUCGAUCGACUCGAGUACAUGAAGUUCAUGAAGGAACAGGGAAAAGCUAGUUGGGACCAGGCUGGAAAUCCACUAUACAAAGCUCCCACGACAACUAUACAGAAUCCAAUGUUCCAAACAGACUCUCUUAAUAGUAACUAAUAUCUAACAAUAUUCGUCUACCUUAUUCAUUUGUUGAAGUUUGUUAUUUUAGUUUAUUUAGAUUUAAUUUUCAUAUAUUAUUUAAUAUGAUAGAAUGUGGUUAACCCGGUCAGUAUAUUAUAUGCUAUCUACUUCCUAAUAGCCUAUCUGUAUAUUCUGUAUCAUUCUACUAUAAUGCAAUAUCCAAUUAUUCUAUUCUAUAGUUACUUAGUCUACUUUCUCAUCUUUAAAUUACCAUAUAGCAUGGCUUAUAAUAUGAAUUAAAUAAAUUCGAGUAGAUCAGUCAAUAUUAUUUGCAUCAAGGGGAAUAUAAGAUAAAGACUAAUCCACUCAAAUUUAUUUUUUAAGAUUUCAGACCUGCAAGUAUUUAUCAUAAGUGUAACAUAAAAUGAUUAGCCUAUGUAUUUAUACCCAUUCAAACAAACUUCGAUGUAUACAUGCUUAUUUGAACACACCGACAAUUUUUAAUGUAUUGGGUGAAGAAUAAUAAUUGAUAAAAAUAAAGAUUUAA